AGAGUGACAAACUUCCAGCAGCUACACACAGCAUCCCCUGUGCUGAGCAGUCUGUGAACCGUGUUCCUUGGGUGUUUUGUUUUCCUGCUUAAAGACUCUUGGAUAUAUCCCUGUGUGACUUGCAUUACUUCUGCAGUGUAUGUGGAUCUUCUAUACACUUCUGGCUGUGUCUCACGCACACUAAGCCAUGUCUAUGCUGCCUUCCUUCGGAUUUACGCAGGAGCAAGUAGCCUGCGUGUGCGAAGUGCUGCAACAAGGGGGGAACCUGGAAAGAUUAGGCAGGUUCCUCUGGUCCCUUCCAGCCUGUGAUCACCUCCACAAGAAUGAGAGCGUCCUGAAAGCUAAGGCUGUGGUAGCCUUUCACAGGGGAAACUUCAGAGAACUGUACAAGAUCCUGGAGAGUCACCAGUUCUCCCCACACAACCACCCCAAACUGCAGCAGCUGUGGCUCAAGGCGCACUAUGUGGAAGCUGAGAAACUCAGGGGGAGACCUCUUGGGGCAGUGGGCAAAUACCGGGUGAGAAGGAAAUUCCCUUUGCCAAGAACCAUAUGGGACGGUGAAGAAACAAGUUACUGCUUCAAGGAGAAGUCUAGAGGGGUACUCAGGGAAUGGUAUGCUCAUAACCCCUACCCCUCUCCCAGGGAGAAGAGGGAGCUGGCAGAGGCCACUGGACUCACCACUACCCAGGUCAGCAACUGGUUCAAAAACAGGAGGCAAAGGGACAGAGCUGCGGAAGCCAAGGAAAGAGAAAACACAGAAAACAACAACACAUCCAGCAACAAACAGAACCAGCUGUCUCCCCUGGACGGAGGAAAAUCACUUAUGUCCAGCUCUGAAGAAGAGUUUUCCCCACCUCAGAGCCCAGACCAGAACUCAGUCCUCCUCUUGCAGGGUAGCCUCAGCCACCCCGGGGCCUCUUCUUACACCCUGAGCGCUUUAAGUGCCUCCCAAGGCGGCCACGGCCUAGCCAGUCACCAGCACCAGCUGCAGGACUCACUGCUCGGACCCCUUACCUCCAGCUUGGUGGAUCUAGGAUCCUAAACAAACUAUCAGAUAGGGACUGUGAUGGAGACCCAUGGACUGCACAAUGAUUGUAUAUAGCGAGACUCUUGGUGGUUUCAAGGUUCAUCUCAUGGUACUUAAUAAUAUGUAAAGAGACUUUUUAUAUUCCUGUUGAUGACAAGACCCCACACCUCACCCACCUUCACUGAAUGCUCUUAUACCCCCCGUAGCUCUUCUGCAAUUAGCCAAAUGCUGAGGACAGAGGCACUAGGACACCUCCUCCUGCCGCGUUCCCUCCACCUCAUCUCCAUAGGAUAUAAUACCAAAUUACAGGAUAAUAUAAUUAUUAUUAUUAUGCUUUAUUUAUGAAGAUCCGCAUUUUUGUUUUCCUCCAAAACCCAAGAAAAUCCUAAAUAAUGGUGAAAUUCACUGAAAACAUCUCUGGGGCCGAGUGCUCUUCACAAUGACGCAAGUUCUGCAGUUUGGAGGAGGUUAUGUUUACAUUUUUUUUCCACAAUUUAGUGUAAUACAUCGAUUGCAAAGUAGUUUAUAAUAAAAUACAGUAUUAGAAAAAAAA